AUGAGGAAAAUACUGAUCAUUUUUGCAUCAUUACCAGUGUUAGCCCUGUCUCUGGUUGUAGAGGACCAUGUUCCACCAAUGUUACAAGAAUGUUACAAUCAACACAUAUAUUCCAACUCUUUGGUCGAACAGACAAACUGCUUACAAAAAUACUUAUUCCAUCUGUUUGGAAAUUCAAAACAACACACAUUAGUGGACAAGAAUUCAUUAGACUGGGUAGACUCGCUUGGUCGAAGUGUGCAUCACAGAUUAAAAAGACAAACAAGAUAUAAUACAUAUAACACAUAUAAUAGAUAUAAUAAUAGAUUUCGAAGGCCGAUACCUUCAGUGGACAGACGACGAGUGAGAAAAGAAAUAAGGACAUUAACAGACCAGGAAAGACAAGUAUUCUUCGAUGCCAUAAAUGCGCUGAAGAAUGAUAAGUCAGCGAUCCCAAAUCAAUAUGAUUUCCUUGCCCUAAUGCACCAAACUUCAGCUCUAACCUCUGCUCAUGGAGGUCCAAACUUUACUGGCUGGCACAGAUACUAUCUCCUGAUUUUUGAAGAGGCCUGUAUCAGAAAGAGAAGUACUUUUGUUCUACCAUACUGGGAUUCUUCUAUAGAUUUUAGAAUGAGUGAUCCAUCUGCAUCAGUUCUGUGGACAGAAAUAUUUCUUGGAAAUGGGAGAGGUGUAGUCUAUACUGGUCCAUUUGCCAUGUGGAAAACACCUGCAAAUGAUACAUAUUUAAGGCGUGAUAUUCCAGGCGCAAACAGUUCUCUAAUUAAUCCAGAUACGAUAGUUAACGUUUUAAGUAAACGUUAUAACAGAGAAAUAUUAACACCAACAGCGGAAACAGAGGAGGACAAUUUGGAAACUCAUCAUGACGGUGUUCAUGUAUGGGUUGGAGGUGAAGAUGGCCAUAUGGGCGGUUUAGAGACUAGUCCUCAAGAUCCUGUAUUCUUUUUGCACCACUGUUAUAUUGAUUAUCUUUGGGAAUUAUUUAGAGAAAGACAACAGAGACUUGGAAUAAAUACAGAAGAGGACUAUCCAGAAACAACUAACGACUAUCAUCGCCCAAGUAGAAUAAUGGAUAAUCUAUAUCCACCAAGGACCAAUAAAUGGGGUUAUAGUAAUAUAUUUACAGAACGUAACGGUAUAUAUCGUUAUGCCCCAGCACCUACAUGUGCCAAUAGAUGCGGUGGAGCCUACAAUGGUUACUUGUUUUGUAACAGAAGAACUGGCCAUUGCGAACCUAGAACAAAAAGACAGUUCAUAGAUAUGGGUUGUUUCAGAAAUAUCGAUAGUCCUUACAUAAAUGACCAACCGAUAGUUGCUUCUGCUGGAAAUGGACUAGCGGCACAAUCACCAGACAAUACCAUCAGAAAGACAGAUAUACAGACUGAUAAGACCAUCCAACCGACAAGACCACCAGAGAGACAGACCGACCACCAGACAGUCACACAAACAAAAUCACCAGACAGACACAUAAAAACACCACCAGACAGACAUACAAACAAGACCACCAAACAGAGACAGACCGACAGACCGACAGACCGACCACCAGACAGUCACACAAACAAAACCACCAGACAGACACAUAAAAACACCACCAGACAGACACACAAACAAGACCACCAAACAGACACAGACAGACAGCCAGCCAGAUAA